CCAGGCCAAGCACGCGAGGAGCCUCCCCGCCAUGGUGGGCAUCGCCGCAGGACGCGUGUGCGCCAGCCGCCAGCCCCCUAUAUAUCCCUCCUGCGGCACGGCUCCUGGAAGAUAACAUCUGAUCUGUUCCUGCCUUGCUGCAGUCAGUAGCACAUAGUACACUUUGGUGAGUCGAGUUCGUUCGUGAUGGAGGAUUCGGUGGGCGAGGCGGAGAGGAGGGAGCAGGAGGAGACCAUGGCGCAGGGGAAGAAGCGCGGGCGAGAGGAAGAGCAGGAAGCCGGCGUUGGCCGCGUGGUGGAGGGGAAGGCGGAGGCUGCGGUGGUCGAGGAGGGCGGGUUUCUGAGCACCAUGGCGUCCAAGAUCGGCGUGGCCAUGUCGGGAACUAACGGGAGCGGCGGCGCUGAGGACCGCGGUGAAGGCAAUGGCAACGGCGACGGGAACGCGCUUGCUGUCUCUGACGGCGACGAGGAGAAGGCGGCCGGCAACGGCAUCUUCCACAAGCUGCUGUCCAGCUCGUCUCCUUACCCGCCGGCCACAGAGGAAGAGAGAAGGGGAGGGAAAGACGAGGACGAAGGCGGCGGCGGCAAUGGCGAGCAGGCCGGGAUACUGAGCGCCAUGGCUUCAAAGAUCGGCAUGGCCAUGUCUGGCCAUGGGACUCACGGCAGCGGCAGCGGCAGCGGGGAAGGUGUUGAUCACAGUAAAGGUGAGGGCGAGGACAAGGAGAAGGAGAAGGGAGACGCCGAGCCGAGCUCCAACGGCGGUGGGAUCGUUAAGCAGAUCAUGUCCAACCUCCCUAAUUCAGAGACUCGGGGCCCCGAUGCUCAGGAGGCAUCCCUUCUCAUCUCCAUCAUCGACGACUAGGCUAGCCCUAGAUAGAUUAUUAGGAGGCACUCGUUAUUUCUGGGUGUAGUUUUGCACCGCCCAGCGUGCCCUCUUUCUUGAUGCUGAUGUAAACCUUUAGGGCAGGGAUGCUGUCUGUAGACGUUUUCUUCUAGGCACAAGUCACUACACAUGUUUGCACCUUGACAAGUGUACUGGCCUGUAAUCACAUUGACCACUGCAGAGAACUGAUCGUCCUCGCUUGUUAUUUGCUAUAAUAAAUAAUGAUAUUUUUACUUUCUGGACC